UAUUAACAUUACAUCACACAACACAUACCAUAAUCUAAGAAGAAGAAAAAAAACAUAUCAUAAUUGUCUACAUGACACAAUAUUGUGUAGUGUAGGUCUUAUUGCCUCUCAAUCAUCUCUUUAUUAUCCUCUCUCUCUUGUGUCUCCCUCUGGUUUUAGAAACCCAAGAAAACAAGAUUUUGAAGUAAAGAUUUGCGGUUGUUUGUGUCUUGUUUGUUAGCUUGUUUGUUGAGAUUUCCCUCUCUCUUUUUUCUCUAUCUAUUUUUUUCUCAAACACUUUGAAACAUAACUUAACACAAACCCAAUAAAUUCGGUGAGAAUUCUCUAUAUUUGGGGUCACAUAACAUUCACAUUUGGGUUUAAUGGCACAGUUACCUCCUAAAAUACCAACCAUACCCCAAAAUUGGCAACAUUUUUCUCACCAAAGGGUAUCAUCAUCUUCCACAAUGUCAAAUAUCACCUCCACCACCACAACAACCACUGAUCAUCAACAAAUACCGUCAUGGAUCGACGAGUUUCUCGACUUCUCCUCGGUAAGACGAGGAGCGCACCGGCGUUCUGCCAGUGACUCCAUAGCCUUCCUCGAGACAUCUUUUCUCGAGGAAGACGGAAAAAGUGGUGGUGGUGAUGGAGAUGGUGACUUUGAUAGACUGGAUGAUGAACAAUUACUUUCCAUGUUCUCUGACAAUGUUGGCGGUGGUGUCUCGUUCCCGCCACCGUCAACCUCCAACCCGUCGUCACCGUCGUCUGACCAAAAUAGCAACAACCAUGAAGAGAAACCAAUGGCAAUGGUGUUGGAUUCUGCACCAGUGCAUGAACGUUAUCUUUGUCAUGAGGUGAAGCCUAAGGAUGAAGCUGUGGAAGAUGAAAGCUCGUGUAGAAUUGAGGAGGAGGGAGCGGCGGCGGCGCCAUCUUUUGCUGCAACCAUCAGCUGCACUGAAACCGUUGUUGAUCCCAAGAGGGUCAAAAGAAUUUUGGCAAACCGGCAGUCAGCUCAGAGGUCAAGAGUGAGAAAGCUGCAAUACAUUUCUGAGCUUGAAAGGAGUGUAACAUCUUUGCAGACAGAGGUUUCAGCAUUGUCACCACGAGUAGCAUUCUUGGACCAUCAACGUUUGAUUCUCAAUGUCGACAAUAGUGCCUUAAAGCAAAGGAUUGCAGCAUUGGCUCAAGAUAAGCUUUUCAAAGAUGCUCAUCAAGAAGCAUUAAAGAAGGAAAUAGAAAGGUUGAGGCAAAUCUACCACCAACAAAACAUACAAAAGAUGGAGAAUUCAAUCAAUAAUAAUAACAACAACAAUGGUCAUUCUCUUCAAUCACCACCAACAUCACAACCACAACAACACUCUUUCCAUAAUCACUUGGAAUGCAAAGACAAAGAGCAACUCCUCAGUUAAAAGAAGAAAAAAAAGUGGAUGAUGUUAUUAUGUUCCUUGGUGCUAACAUGUGAUAUGUUCCUAUCAAAGUUGAUGUGGGACCCUUGACAGACAGUAAUUGGAGGGUAGGAAGUUGACAUGUGGAAUUGGUUUAAAAUAGAUUGGUGAAAUUUUUAUUUUUUUUGUAAUUUCUCUUUUUAAGGUGAUUAUUUGGGAUUGGUUUGGAAUUAUAAGAUUAACAAAAAAUUAUUCUUGAUGUUUCUUUUUUAAUUUUUUGGGGUGGAUAAAAGGGACAAAGAAUAGUGGGUUUUUAUUGGGAUAUGUAUGGAAAUGGAAGCCAUUUAGAAAAUUAUUUUCUCCUCUUUUUUUUUAUGGAGGAAGGGUGUGUCUGAUUGAUGUAAUUUUUUUUUUGCUGUUAUUGUUUACUUGGGACUAAUUGUCUAUUAAUUCAAAUUCCUUAAUUUUGUGUUUAA